AUGAGCGAAUCACCCCUCCCAGCCAAAAUGUCGAGCAGUGAUCUCCCCGGGCAUGACAUAUUCUGCACUCCCGAGAACAGCAGUUUUGUCUACCAGGUCCCGUAUCAGAGCCUCAGUACUGCCGACAAAGAGAUCCGUCUUCUCAGGAUCCUUCCAGACUAUGGGUCAGGCUUGGUUGAUUGUGAACUUCUAUCAAAUGUAAAGCUGGCAGACGUCGAGAAUAAGUACCUCGCUCUUUCGUACUGCGCAGGGAGUGCCAAAAACAUCAGAUAUAUCAGCGUCAACGGUGCCAAGUGCAACGUCUUUGCAAAUCUUCAUCAUGCCUUGAAGGAAGCUCGCCAUUACUGGGAGAUAUAUGGCGAUAAGAAGGACUUUCUCCUAUGGGUCGAUCAGAUUUGCAUCAACCAGUUCGAUCUUGCUGAGCGAUCUCAUCAGGUCAGCUUUAUGAGGAAUAUUUAUGAGAAUGCGAAAGAAACUCUCAUCUGCCUAUCGACUGCUGAGGCCAACAAAGGGGAAGAAAUAGGACAGCUCGUCAAGCUGAGAGACGUCCUAGAACGGUAUGGCUGCAACAAAUCAUAUAAUGAGUUUGAUAAAUUCUACCUCGCGAAUGAGAACAACAGAGCAGAAGUUGAAAAGGGCUUGGCUGCCUUCUUUGAAGUUGGCAAGAGUCCAUGGUGGGGUAGGGCAUGGGUAUUUCAAGAAUUCAUCGUUUCUGAACAAGCAAUCUUUCUUCAAGGCAUGCAUUCGAUACCUUACUUGGAACUCAUCGGUUUGAUCAGAAGCUUCAAGAAAGCCGCCGUAUUUCCAUGCCGGGGCUUUAAAAAUUCAUAUCACUCGCUUGUGCGUCCUAGAGUCGAAAAGGACAAAGCUGCUUCCAGAAUGUGGAUGCUUUUAGUUGCAAAGAGCAACCUGCGCAGGACCAAUGACCUCAAAAUGCUUCUGGCAUUAACGAAAGAUAGCCAGGCUACCGAUGCAAGAGACAAGCUCUACUCGAUUCUGGGCCUUGCUAGGCCUGGGUACGGAAUCGUUCCCGACUAUUCGGUCAACACCAAUAUACACAAUCUUCUGGUGGAAACGACAAAGAGGAUAAUACUAUUUGAUGACAGCUUGGAGGUUCUCUCAUACAAAAAUCGUAGGAAAACCUCGCACCCUGGCGUGGAAGUCCUUCUGCCCUCCUGGGUACUCGAUUGGACCGACAGUACAAGCCUUGGCCAGAUUCUUGACCGUGGACUGUUCAAUGUUAUAUCGAUCGACAUGGAAGAUGAUGACCCCUAUCAAAUCACGAAAACAUCCGCCGACGCCUUUUUCUUGCAAGUAUCGCAUCCGCAGAACCCAGAAGCGCAAAUCACGGUUAUGCAAAUAUGGGGCAUUUUCCUAGACAACGACUUCAAAAAGACAACGGUUCACUCGCAUUUACAGUACUUUGAAGGCGCUCGUAAAUAUGAGAUGGAGGUGACAGAUGGGAUACAAGUAGGGAGCGAUUGCGAACUGUGGGGUAUGUACGGGUCUAAAGAAACUUUCCUCCUGUGUAGGUACUCUAACGGGUAUCGAGUGGUCGCGCCUGUCUUUUGUUCUAAUCUGGAAGAGCAGCUGGAGUUGGUACCUGGAGUUGUAAAGAAGCGUGAGAUCAAUAUCAGUAAGAUGCAGAAAACUAGAAUCACUAUCUUUUAA